GCUAAGACGGAACUAUUAUAGUGAUGCACACCAGAAAGUAACUCAGCAGAGCUUAGCAUGGCGUCGGGUCAUUUGUGCAAGCUACAUAGUCUUUUAACGCGACUUUCUAACGGCACCCAACUACGACACGUACAAACAUGUUUGGUGCCAAUGAGACAGAAGUCCAGUGUCAGUGGUCCUUCACUUGAUGCCCCGAACUGUAAUGUGGAAAUCGGUGUGACUUCAGAUGGAGGAACCAUAGUGUGCUACCAUCCCACUGUCGACGUUCCCUAUGAGCUUACCCAGCCUAUAGAACGACCAGACCCCCUGAACAACUCGGUCGAGACCCAUGACCAGAUUUUAAAGGCCCACCUCAGCAAGGAGGUGCUGAAGGACAGAAAAGGGCCCACUAUAGAGGAGCUAAGCAAGAUGUUUUUUACUACCAAACACCGGUGGUAUCCAGUAGGACAGUACCACCAGAGACGCAGGAAGAAGGAUCCCCCAAAGGACAGAUAGUUGAAGGCCAAAGUCACAAAACAGCAAAUGAUGUUUGUGUUUUUGUCACAAUGAUGUAUAAUAAACUGUUGAAUACUACGUAGGUUGUCAUGAGUUUUUAAGUCAGUGCUGCUAUGGAACAAUAAUAAGGCUUGGAAAUUACACUUUUAUUUUGUUUCGUCUACUCUGAUACUGUGUAUAUUUACUGCCCUGGAUUUUAGGGGCUUUUUUAUAACAACUACUGCAAAUAUAAAGCUAAUAGACUGGCACCAGUAUACCAUAAAACAUAUUCUUGGUGAACAGAUUGUAGCUGGGGAGUAAAAGUAGUUUUGAUUAUCAUAUUUGUAUGGAAAACAAGAGGGAUAUUAUAUACUUCAGCGAUUUUUGUUAAUUUUAUAUGCUAACCACUCUAACACCAAAUCUGUAUCAACACUUAAAAUGCUCAGUGGUGCAUCCUUAGGAUUUUUGUAUCUCAAUUUUAAUAUACGAUGAGUUUGCUGAGAAUUAAUAUUUAUUCAUAAAUACUAUCAUUCUGUGCCUGCAAGAAAAACAAAACUGUAGAUGAGUGUUUUAUAGCAUGGUAAAGGUCUUGCACACCACACAACAAUAUGAUUGAAGAAAACAGAAAAUCUAUCUCCAAAUGAACAAAUACUGACAAAAGCUGGUGUAUUUUACAAGUUCGGUCUCUAUAAAAAGAUAAAGACUGAAGGAGAUCGACCCCCACAAAAGUGACAACAUUAAAUAUUUA